AUGUCAUCACAUAAUGAUAUAUUAAGAGAAGCCAAAAUCAAUCAAUUGAAUCAACUAAAAGCUUCCAAUCAAUAUUCUAAACAAUUAACAUCAUCAAUCUAUUCUUUAAUAAAGUCCAAUUCUUCACUUCAAUCUUCAUCACAUUUAAUUGAUAAAAUUUCAACCAUUCAUCAAUUAAAUGAUGAAAUAGAUAAACAAUUGAACGAAGAUAUAGCUUCUAAUUAUGAUCGAUUAAUGUACCAGAAGAAGAAGUUGAAUAAUUUAAUUAAUGAUUGUCAUCGAGUAUUAAAUAUUCAUUCUCAUAAUCAUCCGACUCAAACAGUUAAUAUUAUAACCAAUUUACAAUCUCGUUCUGAAUUGAUUGAUCAAGAGUUACGAAUAUUAGAAUAUACACUCAAAUUAUUAACUGAAACACAUCUGAAUUAA